AUUCUCCUCCUCCUCCUCCGCCUGGGCUGCAGAGGCUCCUGCUCGGCGCGCGGCUUCGCGGCGCCCACCCCUUCGACCCUUCCUGCUCCUCCCCGGUUCGCCAUGGCCUUCGCCACCCGCCCGUUCGUGCGCUUCUCGUCCGCCACCGCCGCCGCCAAGAAACUGGUGGUGAAGCAUGUGGCGGUGAUCGGCGGCGGCCUCAUGGGCGCCGGGAUCGCCCAGGUGAGCUGCGCGGGGGGCGGAAGGGGCGCUGCGCGGGCGGCUGCUGCUGCUGCUGCAAAGGGACGGCGGCUGCAUCGGUACUUCGGUACUUGCCAAGAAAGCAUUUUCUUUUUUUUAUUCUUAAAAAUUUAAUCCCUCCUUGCAUUGCACCGAGGAAUUUUGGGUGUCCCGAAGCCUCACAAACUCCCAACAAUCUUGUUCCUCUGUGCUGGCGAAGGAGCCUCUUGCCAGGAAAACCCCUUUCGAGUUUAAUUUCUUAAUGCCUCUUUAUAAGUGGAGGAUAUUGGUAGGUUAUGCAAAUAUUAUUGUAAGGGUUUCUCAGAACACCUGGGAAGCUUGGUCUCCCAACGUGGUAAACGUGCCCCGCCCCUUUGCCCCUGACACGUGUGUGUACGGUACACACGUGUGUGUGUGUGCGUGUUGCAGGUGUUACUAACUCAGAGGCUUCCCGCCCACUUGAGUGCAUGGCUAGGCUUGUUGUUCAGGUUCUCGUGCCUCGGCUGCAUGGCUUUUUGAAGACCAGAAACAAAAUUGCGCUUGGCUGUUUUGGCUGGGAAGAUGCACAUUUCAUAUCAGAUAGGCAGCUGAAUGCAUGUGGCCUGAGUGGAAUGUGGUUGAGUAAAUGUCAUGGUAAGUGUUCAAGGUCUUAGGGAGGAGGAGAGAGCAUCAAAUUUCAAAUUAUUAUUACAUAUUUACCCCAGGGGGUGGGAGAGAGAAAUUAGAAUUUUCUGCCCCUGCAGAAAAAUGCAUUAAUCAUCCAGAUAUGUAGGAUAUUUACCUCAGGAGGACUAAUAAAGAGUAGUGCAACUUAAUCCCCUUCCUAUGUUUUGUCAUAGGGUUGCUUAAUUUUUUUUGCAGCUGUGAGGGCCCUUUGCAAGAAGACUCGGUUGCCUGGAGUUGAGGGUUCCCACUUCAAAAUUAACACUAGCAGCAAAGGAGCUCCCAAACCACCCUGUCUAUGCCAAGGGAAAAACCAGUAUUAUGUUCUGUAGUCUGGGAUUGUGCAAAUAGUAGACCAUAAAACACAAUAUACAAAAGCACUGUACCCGGAGUUCCCUCUGUGUGAGGCUGUGAGCAGUGAUAAGGGAGAGGGUUUUUUGGGGUGUGGUGAUAGGAUUGUGGACCUUCCCUCCAGUCACGUGUGAUUUUUAUACCUCUCCUGGUAAUCUGCCUUUCAGGAUCUGUUAAGGGCUGGGCCCCUGUGUCGCUUAGGUUGUGGGUGUUGCUCAACAGUAUUAUGCUGCAGGGCAGUAGACAAUACUGCUGUUGCAAGUUACAUGCAUGUCACAUUGGGUUUCGCAGAGAUUCUUUAAUUGUGGUUUUCCUGUUGAAUUGUAAACCGCCUUUUGGAAAGGCAGAGGAAAAAUGUUACAAAUGUUUGCUCUUCUGCUUGUUCUUUCCAGAGACUCAAAGUGGUUAAUGGCAGUGCUGUUUUUCUAGAAAAAAGGUGCCAGAACUCACCAUGAACACCUCCCUCGUUUAAUAAUAAUAAUAAUAAUAACAACAAUAAUAUUUAUACCCCGCCCAUCUGGCUGGGUUUCCCCAGCCACUCUGGGCGGCUCCCAACCGAAUAUUAAAAACACAAUACAGCAUUAAACAUUAAAAACGUCCCUAAACAGGACUGCCUUCAGAUGUCUUUCAAAAUUAAGAUAGUUGCUCAUUGCCUUGACAUCUGAUGGGAGGGUGUUCCACAGGGUGGGCACCGCUACCAAGAAGGCCCUCUGUCUGGUUCCCUGUAACCUCACUUCUCACAGUGAGGGAACUGCUAGAAGGCCCUCACGCUGAACAAUGGGGCCUACCUGCGAGAUGCUGGAAGUGAGUUCGGGCUGGAAAAAAGCCCCUGGUAAUAAAAACAGACUAAAGCACAAAAGUGGGAACACCAAAAAAUGUUUCCCACACACCCCUCCAACAGUACACCUCUGUCUUGUGGGGAAAUUGAGUGAAUUUUCAAAUAAAAAAUGAUUUGAGCGUUUACAAUCCCUCUGUUUUGUUUUUUUUAAAAUAAUAAUUGGUCUGAUCCAUUCCUGUAAUGCCCUUGUGUGUUUUUCUCUACAAGAUGUGUUGAAGUGAAAGGAAUAUAGCAAUUAACUCUAUAACCAGACUGUUACUAUACUGUUUAAGUUUCUAUUUUAACAUCUCCAAGAAGCACUGCAGAUUGGUUUUAUAGUAUCAUUUCUGUGUUCUUUACUUAAAUGUCUUUUUCAUUCUUUGCUUAUAAAAACAUUAAAAACCCAACACCUGUAAUUACUUAUAGCCUGCUUCCCAUUGAGCACAGUCUUAAAUAAGAUUCAUUUUCCUGUCCAGUUGGCUUCUAUACAUGCAGUGAUAGGGGUGCCAUCUUGUUCUUUGUCUCAGGCAGCAAAAUGUAUUGUGCUGGCCUUGUUCCCAAAUCUGCUUACUAUCUUGCCCAUUUUGUAGAUUCUUUUAUGUAGGAGAAUGCAAGUCUUCAAGUUACUCAAGGUCUGCAAGUGAAAUGACCAUUUUUGCUAUAUUGUAUACACUAAAAAGCUGGUGCAGUAAAAGGCAACCAUAUAUUUAUAUACACCCUAUAAGGAAGGGUAUUUUGCUGAGAUCUAAAAAUGCACUACCCAGCUUCUUGCAGAAACCUUUAUCCCAAAUAUUUUUUUUAAAAAAUAUAUGUUAAAUUUCCAAGCACAUUUCGUAGUGCAGAGAAGAGAUUUUCUUCUAGAACUAGGUCUUGACAUGUCAGAGAAUGUCUGUUUUUUUUGGAGGGGGGGGGGGAAUGAUUGCUGUUACAAAGUAACUUUUCUAAAGCAGGAAAUGAGUUCUGUUACCAUGUUUGGUCUCUGUGGGUGUGACAGGUGAAGGUUCAUCUUGAAAACCCUUGUCUCUUUUUGCUGAGUGCCUUUUGCUCCAGUAAGGAAUGUGAGGGUUGGCUGAGGCACAUUUUCCAUUUGCAGUGAUACUGCCUGCCCUUUGGUACCUAAGGAAAUGUUUUUGUCUUCCCUCACAAUUCAUCAAUUUCACCCCUCCCCCCUUUUUUGUCCCCCCCCCCCCCAGAAGGUAGAGAGCUGUAACUACCUCACCCCACCUUUUAAGACUGCUUGCUUUAAUUCUUGUUCCCAAUUGGGAUCACUGCCACUUUGGGCACAUAGCGAUGACAGAUGUUCGAACUUCUUCAGAGCUCCUAGAUUUUCUUAUGGCCUGAAGGGAGUAGAUCUCUAGGUGCACAGACGCAUAUGUUUUUGUUACUAAGCCCAACACUUCUCAAAUUGAAUUAUUCUUUAGGCGGCACGUUUGGGUACAACCAUUUUCAGUUGCUAGUCUGAAGGCAGUUGCAAAAGUCUGCUGCUGAGUUUGAGCACUAAAGCCGGAUAAGGUUGAGCUGAAGAAGAUUCAAAACACUCAAACAAAAUACACAUGGCGUUUUCUUUUCUGCUUAUCCUCUUUAUGUACCCAGGAUGAUAAACUGGAGCAAGGCCCUUUGCUUUUUUUGCUUUUAUAAUUUCGCAGUUUUCAUCAUGGGUAUAUUUUGUUUGCAAGGAUGUAACACUGGGAAGGUUGGACAAUCUGUCUGAUAAGGAGAUAGGGUCAGAGAUCUGAGCUCCAUAUAGAAGGUAGCUCUUUAUCCUUGUUGGCAGCUGCUGAACAAUCCUGGGUUCUUUCUGUAGAUGUUUAGCAGCACUUCUUGGCACUGAAGGGCCAUAGCUCAGUUGUAGAGCUCUGUUUUGCAUGCAGAAGGUUUCCAAUUCAAUCCCAGGCAUGUCUGUGUAGCAUCGCAAAUGGCCCCUGUCUGAAACCCUGAAGAGAUGCUGCCAGUCAGUGUAGACCAGGCAUGGCCAAACUUGGCCCUCCAGCUGUUUUGGGACUACAAUUCCCAUUAUCCCUAGCUAACAGGACUAGUGGUCAGAGAUUAUGGUAAUUGCCUGGUGUAGACAGUACUGAGGCAGCUGGAGUGAUGGUCUGAUUUGCUAUAAGUCAGGUUCCUGUGUUGCUGAUCCAAAGCAGUAUAGUGGUUAAGAGUGUUGGGCUAGGACUGGAGUUCUAUGAAGCUCACUGAGUGAUCCGGGCCAGCUACAAUCUCAGUCACAAAGAUAAAAUGUGAGGACAGAACCAUAUCUUGAACUCUGGUUGCUAGCCAGAAUAUAAAUGUACUAAAUAAAUAAAUAUUAGAAAUGGGUGUGCACCUCUUUUUUCCAUGGGUUACUUUCCUUUUUCAUCAUUAUUUUUCUCCCCUGUUUUUCCUGUAGAUUGCUGCAGCCACUGGCCACACUGUUAUAUUAGUGGACCAGUCAGAUGAAAUACUGAAUAAAUCCAAGAAAGGAAUCGAGGAUAGUUUGAAAAAGCUGACAAAGAAAAAGUUUGCAGACAAACCUGAGGUGGGAUCUUUAUUAUUUGUAAAUAUUGGAAAUAAUGGUUGCAUGUGACAAAUCUACCUUGUUUGUUUGUUUGUAAUGCCUAAAUAGACAAUUGCAGCAAUGUUAGAUUAGCAUAAUAUUUUAAAUAGAUUCCUUUCAAGCUGGGUUGAAUUCCAUGCUUACAGCAACUCUGCUCUUUCCUCUGCCCCCAACCACAGUCAACAAGCAGAAGCAAACUUCCAUACGUAGGCUGAUUUUCUGCACGUUACCCUUGCAAAAGGGAAUUGUAAGAAGGUGAUCUUGCAUUCAGUACCGAGGGCUGCCAACAGUCCACAACCCUUCUAACCACUUGCUUGUGGUGGACCUGCACAUACACACGUCUUAGCAAAUUGGGGAACUGAAUCUUGCCCUUCCCAUCCUUACAUAUUGCCCCUAGUGAUAUGAAGAUGAUGUCAUUCGUGUGCAGGGAAAAACUUAAACAUGUUGCAGAGUUCCCCAAAAGAGACCAGAGGCAAUAGUACUUUAUCCAACAGAGCUUUACUUGUGCCGAAGGCAAAUGAGUGUAAUGGUCACAAAUCCAGAUACAUUCAGGAUUGGCACAGUCCAUAAAAAUAUCCAUUUGCAGCACUUACAAAAGCUUACAAACUUACAACAAGAGUAAAGCUUAACACCGUAGCAUACAGAAACAGAACGCCACACCAGAAGGAAGAGAGAGAGAAAGUAAAACCCAGGCUCCUUCUGGCCUAUAUUUAUAGUCAGCAUGACCUUAAUUGGAAGAGAUAAGAAAACUAGUUCAAACCAGCUUCCCAGAAGGUAUAACCCAAACAACUCAUGACCCUUCUGCCUGCUUCUCUCACACAGAGAAGCUUCUAGUAGCUUAUAGAAUCGUCUUGUAUUAAUCAGAAUAGGAAAGAUCUCUACACACCAGUGCACUUUCUGCACCAAGAAAUGCAAACUGACAGAUAGUGGGAGGGCAAUGCAGUCCUUUUCUCAUGGCCAGACCAUUAUUUAGUUAAGUUUGGACUGACAGUGGCAGUUCCCCAUUGUAAGGGUAAUGGGCCCAUUUGGAUGGCCCACCCUCAGAAACUGAUGGAGCCGGAUAUGUUCCUGGAUGCUCUGGGGAAUUUUUCAGUUGAGAAAGCUGGUGAUCCUGUCAAAGCCCUGGUCUCUCGAUAUGAAAUGAUAAAAUAGGCAGUUGACAUUAUCACUCUUGAGUGUCCCUUCUGGCUUAGUGCAGCCCGAGCUGCUCCAAGCUAUGAAAAGCCGGACAAGAAGUGGAGCGCAACUGGUGCAAGUCUUGCUGGAAAACUGGCUGAACACUGGUAAAUAACACAUAAUCAUGUGUACCAUGUGGCAGUAUGGACUGUGGAAAAAGUCUCAUUUUUCAGCUUGCAUUGCGUCCCCAAGUAGGUAGCCAUCGGAAUUAUUUCUGUUCCAUUCUCAAGCCAGUUAUUGAGGCUAUUUGCUUUUCUCUUGAGUUAAUUUACCGUAUUUACUCAAAUCUAAUGCUCACCAUUUUUGGCCACCUUUUUUCACAAAUUACACUGCGAAAAUUAAGGGCGCACUAGACUCAAGUAAAUACGGUACUUUGCUAGUGGCUCCCUAUUUGUGGACUGUUCUCCCCAGGGACGUUCCGCUGGCGCCUUCAUUAUACACCUUUAGAUGUCAGGCAAAAAUGUUCCUUUUUAACUAGGUUAAACUUGGUUGAUUGACAUCUGCUGCCCUUUAAAAUGUGUUUGGAAGGGGGGGAAUUAUUGGGUUGUCUUUGUUUUUAUUAUGUUUUUAUUAUGUAUUUUCUGUUUUUUAUGUUGUGAACCGCCCUUCGAUCUACAGAUACAGGGCGGUAUACAAAUUUAAUAAUAGUAAUGAUAAUAGUCUAUAUUGUGUGUUAGGAGCAGCGGUGUGCUAGGAGACUGGGGGAUUGCAGCAUUCAUGCACAGCUAGCAGGAGCUCUUAAUUUCAAUGUGCAGCACUAUAUUUGUUUUAUUUUUACCGUUGAAAUUGUAAUCCUUCCCAUGAAGGCAAAUGAAAUGCUCUGUGAACAGAUUUUUGUUUUUUCCUCAGGCUGGUGCGGAGUUCAUUGAGAAGACCUUAAAGAACCUGACCACGAGCACAGAUCCAGUCUCUGUAGUCCACAGCACUGACCUAGUAGUGGAAGCCAUUGUGGAAAACUUGGCAGUAAAAAACGAGCUCUUCAAGACAUUGGAUAAGUUUGCACCAGAGUAUGUUCAUAAAAUGUUACAAAACUAAUGCAGAAUGUCCUUGUUAUCUACUAGUUUUCACUAAAAUAUGGGCCUGUACAGAGUAGGCGAGGCAAGCCGAAAUCUCCUAUCUAGCCACCCUUUCCCACUGAUUGGUGUUUACUUGGAUAUUUAGACUUCUCGGAUGCUUCCAGAUGGGGACUUGAAUUUGCAGACAGAUUAUUGGGAUAUCACAAAAUGGGUUGUUGGUUCCAGGGUUUCUCUCCCCACUUACUGAAAGCAGAUUAAAUGGGAGAGGGGACUGCGAGCUGGUAUGUGAAACCUACGAUCGUUAAGCAGACGGAGAUUAUUUCAAAAUUGAUUGGUGACCUCCUCCCAAAAACUUGGGCAAAGAGGUGCCUCUUCAAUUAAAAGUGAAAAAGAAAAUAAAUGUUGCAGCUAUUUCACCGGCAGUGCAAACUGAGAUGCUUCAAAAGAAAGCAUUCAGUAGGAAGAUUUAAGUUCUACAGGAAGUUUGGAAGUUCAUCGUAAUUCCGUAUAUAUUAUUCGGUGGUAGCUAAUCAUUUGAAGAUCCCUGUUUCUCUUUUUUUGCUCACGGGGAGAGGCCUGAGAACUGAGUGAAGAUACUAACUUCUGAAGCAAACGGAGGUGGAGCAGUUCUCCGCUUGUGAGCAAAGAUUAAAAAGAUAUCCCUGUGCCAAAGAGCCACCUCCAACCAAUUAUUUAUGUAAAGUCCCGCCCAGGCCUCCAGCUGUUCAUGCCAAAGAAAUUUAAUCUUUGCUACCACUGUAGUUUCUGAAGAAUCCUAACCCUUAAGUGAGCAGCGUUAUACUUUCUUCUAGACUGAUAAAAUAACCAGCUAAGAAGGCUGAAGGAGGGGGCGGGGGGGAAUUAAUAUAGGCCUAUUCUAAAGUGGUAUAUUUAUCAGAUUGAUUUGGUUAUUACUGAAUGUUUGUGGGCAGUCUGCUGACUCCUAUUCUUCUUCCAUAGAUAGUAGUCUGUUACAUUUUACAUUUAUUAUUUAUUAAAAACAUUCUGUGCCACCUCUCGCAUCAAGUCUCAAGGUGGUGUACAGUAACAUUUUAAAAAACAACAACAUUUCAGUGAGAUAAAGAUAACAGCUGACAAUCCAGGGUAGAAUUAAGGUCUCACUGAAAUUAAUUGCCCACAAAUGCCUGGGAACAUAAAUAUGCAUUCAGCAGGCUUUGAAACACCAUCAGUGUUGGUGCUUGCAUCAGCUUCGACGGCAAUCCCUAGAAAGGGUACCACUGCGGAGAAGCCCUCCCUGGCCAUAGAAUCAUAGUAUUGCAGAGUUGAAAAGGGGCCACAAGGGUCAUCUAGUCCAACCCCCUGCAAUGCAGGAAUCUUAGCUAAAGCAUCCAUAACAGACGGCCAUCCAACCUUUGCUUAAAAACCUCCAAGGAAGGAGAGUCCACAACCUGCUGCUAAGCAAGUCUCCAAGGACUGGAGCACAACGUGGGGGCCUCAGACCAAAGUAGGGUAAGGUGUUCCUUCAACUAACCAGGUUCCAAGUUUAGAGCUUUACAGGGGAGAACCAAAGCAUCAAACUUGACCCGUAACCUCUUGGCAUGUAAUAGCAGGACGCCCCAGUGAAUAGCUUAGCUGCUGCAUUUUGCAAUACAGGCGACUCCCCACUUAUGCAGAAGUUUCGUUCCAGGCCCCUCCGUGUGCAUAAGUGAAAUGUGUGUAAGUGGGUUGCCCAUUGCAAUGCCUGCAGCUUUCUGACCAACAGCUGUUGAGCUGAGUAGUGUGGCAACAGCAAGAGCUCCCACACGCCAUUUUGGACCCCUUGGAGUCGUCCUCCUCCUGGACUUCUGGCUCAUGGACAUCCUCUUUGGCCCAGGCCAUGGGGACUUUCCAGCUCUCUCCCGCCAUUUCAGGUUAGAAUUUAAUUACUAACAUAUUUCCCUGCAGUUACGUGCAAGUGAGGAGUCGCCUGUAUAGUUUCAGCCUCCAGACCAACCUUUAAGGAAACCUCACAGUGCAUUACGGUAGUCCAGUCUUGAGGUUAUCCGUGCAUGAAUUGCAGUGGCAAAAGUACCUACGUCCAGGAAAAGUUGCAGCUGGCCUACCAGCCAUAACUGCAAAAAGGCAUUCCUACUGACUGCAGCCACCUGGGCUCUGGAAAAAGGAGCGUCACACAUAAUCAGUUCAGAAGGGUACUAGAUUAAUCAAGUGGCAAACUUUAAACUGCAGCUAAUAUUAUUAUUAAUUAAUUGCACCACACAGUUGAGUAAAUCUUGCAUUAAACCUGUUAAUAAUUCACUGGAAUUGAUUGGGCUUUACCACUUCUAGAAGCCCCCCCUUUUUUGUACAUUUGGAACACAUUCCUGUCUUCCUGUUAACAGAGACUUAUAAGAGACUUAUAAAAUUAGUUCAUCACAGAAAAUGAGUUCACUAGCUGAAGCAGAAUAUAGAACAGUGAGUGGUGACUUCUGAACCAUACUAUUUUAAUUUUUAUUCCCAUUAUACAGCCCACAAGGUGGCGCUGCAAAUAUGGGAAUAGAUUUUAUUAAGGGUAUUGGAGUGGUGCUGGAAUUUUAAAGGAUGCACUUUAAAAGAGUGCGCCAUGUAGACGCUUAUUCAGAACUGAAAGCUUGUUGGAGGGGCAUCUGGCUAUGACUUCUGUGUCACUGAAUCUUUACUUGAGAUUGAGAAAGACACAGCAUUUUGAAGGCUGAAAUAAAAUGAAAGAUGUAACUUUUUAACGCUGCAGCUAGCAAGGUUUUGUUGUUUCUGGGUACAUGGGACAGAAUGCAAUUGCUGCAUGUCUAAAGAGCAAGUAAAUCACACAAAUACAACCAACUUAAAAUACAAUUGCAAUUUAUUUUAUAUUAAGUGUCCUAAGCCUGCUGUUUAUUAAAUUCAACCUUAGAGGUAAAGGGUAAAGGUAAAGGGACCCCUGACCAUUAGGUCCAGUCGUGACCGACUCUGGGGUUGCGGCGCUCAUCUCGCUUUAUUGGCCGAGGGAGCCGGCGUACAGUUUCCAGGUCAUGUGGCUAGCAUGACUAAGCCGCUUCUGGCGAACCAGAGCAGCGCACGGAAAUGCCGUUUACCUUCCCACUGGAGCGGUACCUAUUUAUCUACUUGCACUUUGAUGUGCUUUUGAACUGCUAGGUUGGCAGGAGCAGGGACUGAGCAAUGGGAGCUCACCCCGUCACGGGGAUUCGAACCGCCGACCUUCUGAUCGGCCAGUCCUAGGCUCUGUGGUUUAACCCACAGCGCCACCUGCGUCCAUAGUAACCAUGAUGCUUAAUAAAAACCACUUAAUAGGCAUAACUAAUGUAAGUUAAUAUGUUGCAUUACAGUAUAAGUAGCAGAAGGCCAGGCCCCAUUUCCAGCAAUAACAACUAAGCCAAAGGACUGGGUGAGGAAAUACGUUUUUACCUGGUGCCAAAAAAACAUUGGGCUAACUGCCGUUUGAACCUCAGAGGGAAGUUCACCCAGGAAUUGUGAUAUCUUCUAUAAAGUAUUACUUUAACAUGCUCUGUGUGGGGCUGCCUUGGGAAAGUGCUCAGAAACUUCAUCUGACUCAAAGAACAUUGCUAACUGGGGCUGGCUGUAGGAAGUAUACAGCUGCCUUGCUAGAACAGCUUCAUUUUCUACUGGUCUGUUUCUGGGCAGAAUUCCAAAUGCUGGUUAUCACCUAUACUGCUCUAUAUGGCUUUGGCCUAAGCUAUCUGAAAGACCAUACUGCCUCAUACGAACCUGUUCAGGUUUUGACAUGUUUAGUGGGAGGUCCUGCCACCCUCACAGGCACGCUUGGUCAGGAAGCAAGAGAGGGACUUAUCUGUCCCUGCUCCCAGACAUUUUAAUUUCAAGCAGUAAAUUUCCAGGGUUCUGUCUCUUUACUUCUGUAAAGUGUUGGACCAGGACCUGAGAGACCAGCGUUCAAGUUCCCACUCAUCUAUGAAGCUCACUGUGUGGUGUUGGGCCAGUCACUGCUUCUCAGCCUAACCUACCUCACAGGAUUGUUGUGGAAAUUAAAUGAGGAGAGAGAGAACCAUGUAUGCCACCUUGAACUCCUUGUAGGAAAAAUGUGGGGUAUGAAUAAAAAUAAAUAAUAGCCUAUAGAGUCCUGAAAGCAGAGAACAUGCAACUGAUGCCAAAUGCAUGUUGUUUCUCCACAGGCAUACCAUAUUUGCCAGCAACACUUCAUCAUUGCCCAUCACGGAGAUAGCCAAUGCUACCACGAGGCAGGAUCGCUUUGGCGGCCUACAUUUCUUUAAUCCGGUGCCUUUGAUGAAACUUGUGGAGGUAAAGGGGUUUUGAAAAUGUUCUAAAAUGUUGCAGCAUGGUUGGAGUGUCUUGCUACCUGUGUGUUGCAGAGGUUCUCCAUGUUUGUUUGUUUGUUUGUUUCACCCUCUGUCUCCACGUUUGAUCAGUCAUGAUCCCAGGGCAGGUUUUUGCACCACAGAUAAAGGUAAAGGGACCCCUAGCCAUUAGGUCCAGUUGUGGCCGACUCUGGGGUUGCGGCGCUCAUCUCGCUUUAUUGGCCGAGGGAGCCGGCGUACAGCUUCCGGGUCAUGUGGCCAGCAUGACUAAGCUGCUUCUUGUGAACCAGAGCAGCACACGGAAACGGCGUUUACCUUCCCGCCGGAGCGGUACCUAUUUAUCUACUUGCACUUUGCUGUGCUUUCGAACUGCUAGGUUGGCAGCAGCAGGGACCGAGCAACGGGAGCUCACCCCGUCGUCGGGAUUCGAACUGCCGACCUUCCAAUCGGCAGGUCCUAGGCUCUGUGGUUUAACCCACAGCGCCACCCAUGUCCCAGCACCACAGAUAGAAUCAUGUUAAUCUACAGUAAAAACCAGGAUGUGAUUUAAACAUCAGACUUUUUAAAACAAAAUUUAAAAAAAUUGAGCAGAAAGAAUAGAAUAUUGAUUCACAACUAUCACAUUAUGUCGGGACCCUCGGAAGGCCUGGGGGAGAAGAUGUCACCAACAAGUGAGUGGGGUCUGUGCUAGCCACACCCGCCAAGUGAGGGUUUCCCAUAGUGAUGCUUGUUGUUCUGCUCUGGUCAUUUCUAGUGCUAUUUUAAUAGCACAGGUGUUCAGAGGGUAAAAGCUGCUCAAUUAAGCUGGCGCUCAAUAUUCAGGUGGGGCUCCGUUAUUCCCUCUAAUGGUGAGAGUCGAGAGAACCGGAGCCACAAGAGGGCUGCUGAGGAACAGGUGAACUUACCAUACUUCCGGCUGAUCGUCCCCGAAAGAACAAGGAAAGUUCUUCAAAAUGACUGUCCCGGGAUAGGAAACUCCUCAUGACCAUAACCACAUAGACAGACCAAUGAGAUCUUACAUGUGGACAGAAUGCAGCUUUUUAUCCAGAAAAGAGUUAGAUGAUUAUUAUUUUUUAAAUCACUGCAUGUGAUUUCUCAUGAGUCUUUCUCAUGAGUAGCUGACACAGGUAUAGAUUACUUGUACCUAAGGAAAGCAUGGCAUGUGUACACCAAACCUCCACAUUACCUGCCCCCCCCCCUUGCAAGAUCCAUGGAUUGUGAACCACCCUGAGAUCUACAGAUAAAGGAUGGUAUACAAAUUUAAUAAAUAACAGUAAUAAUGUUCAACAAGUGGAUAGUCUGCAUACACAAUAGUUGAGCUGUAGAAAUCAUCAAAGUGUAUGCUGUCCUUCACCUGUUGAUCUCAGGGCAAUUCACAACAUAAAAUUACAUUAUAAAAACCACAGAAGACAUAAUAAAAAUAAGAACAGCAACAGACCCAUAAUCGCCGCCCCCCCCCCUUCUGCAUGUGUAGGGACAGUGUGUACCUGUGUUCAGUGUGAGCAAGUAUUGUGUUGGUCCCUCUCUCAGAAUGGCUGCUUUUAUGAAAGUUAAACUUGUUGUUGACGUAAAGAGAACCCCCCCCCAGCCCACCCACCUUUGAUGGUUUUGUUCUUAGGUUAUCAAGACUCCAAUGACCAGCCAAAAGACUUUCGAGUCCCUCAUGGAUUUCAGCAAAGCAUUGGGGAAGAAUCCGGUCUCUUGUAAGGCAAGUAUAUUUUAUAUUGUGGGAGGAGGGAGGUCCAGGUAAGUUCAGAGUGCUUCAGACUUGGAGGCAUUGGGGAUUUUUUCUGCUCUGCUCAUGAAGUCAUCCUUUAAAUUUUAAUUUUUUUAAAAAAAAAUCACAGACAACAGGUUGCCAAAAAUGAUUUUUUUAAUAAGACUCAGUGCUCUGCCAGCCCCCUCUGCCUGCUUUCUUUCCAUCCGAGGGGUGGUUCUGGCUGUCAGCUGCCUCCUUAAUUUCACUGCUGCCUUUGUAGAACUUGAGCAGGGAAGAGGAUGGGGAGAAAACUAGAAUUAGUUGGCUCUGUCUGCCCUUGGAUGUGGUUCCACCGAGUGUUGGUCUCACUGCCUUCUUCCAGUUGCAGAGGCCAGUCACCGCCAUUACUGACUAGAUUGAUUACUAAUGAUCAUCAUAUCUGAAAGGCCAGUCCAAGCCAAAUAGAAGAGAUUUGGGGCAGGACGGGAAGAGAAUAGUAGAAACGAUAAAUAUUGUAGAACAAUUCAUGAUGCUCAUGAGAUAAGCUAGUGUGCUGUAAUGACUAAGACUAAGCUCAGGAAGCCAGUAGGUGAUCUUAGACAAGUGCUUCUCAGCUUCAGCCACCAUCACCAGCGGCUGCCAGAUCUACAUAAUAUAAUUUAUUGACUGUUCGUUUUGGCUCUUCAUAUUCUUGCUAUUUGGUUUCUGUUUUAGUAACUGCAUUUUAAUUAUGGGUUGUUGUUGUUGUUAUUAUUAUUAUUAUUAUUAUUGGUUUUUUGUAAUCUGCUUUGAAGUGGAGGAGAAGCAGAAAUAACACAAGAACAUUGGUUAAUAAUACUAGUCUAACUUGCAGAGUUACAAGCUAAUGCACGUGAAGCACUUUGAACAUUGGAAUGCGUUCUGUAAAUGCUAACAUAGUAUUUUUGUCAAAACAAGGAAUGCAUCACUUGUCCAUUGUAUUCUGUAGCUGAUUCUCCUUCCUCUUGCUUUCAGCGUAGUAGGCACAUUUUGAAAUAACUUACCAGUAUAGAACUUGAUAGGGUCCACUUUAAUCCCUGUCUUUCUGUUGACAGGACACUCCUGGGUUUAUUGUCAACAGGCUUCUCGUGCCUUACCUGAUGGAAGCAGUUCGGCUCUUUGAGAGGGGUAAAGAUAAGCAGAGUUCUGCUUUGUGGGAUAUGAACGGCUUAUUUGUGUUGUGCUGUGGAACGUUGUUCUCGAGCAAUCAUUUUCUCUGGCAUUUCAUACCGUGUCAGAAAUCAGAAUGAAAAAUAAAUUCUUGGAACUAUUCCUGUUAAUGUGGGGAAAUUACCUCUGUGAAGUACGUAGGUACUUGUGUGAAAAUGGUUGUUUUUUUUGUUCAGUUAGACAAAACCCUUUUGGCAUAUGCACACAAAUUGAGAGUCCACACCAGAUCCGUUCUGACAUGUGUUUCCUCAUUCACCCUGUCACUCUGCUUUUCUUUCAUUGUAAGUGCAGCAUUGCUCUUAUAUUCCCCGUGUGCCCAGUUUGUUCAUUAUCUAGCUGUGUUGACAAUACAACAUGGACUAGAGAGCUGGUGCCAUUUUGCAUACUCUGGUGGCACUUGGUUAGUACAGUCUGCAUGGCCACAUUCCAGUCUUUUUGAUAGAUUACAAUGUGUUUCUUAUCUGCCAUUACAACUCUUACUCAUUUGUUAAAGACACCCCCACCCCAUACCCAAAAUUAGCUUAUUGAGCUUUGGGACAGAGGAUAUCUCUGGAACUGGACCUAUUAACUACCAUUUCAAUUAAACUGGGAAGUGCCAAAUUGCAGUUGGAGGCAUUGUAAUGAACAAUGUUCUUCUUAAGCUUUUUCAUUUUAACUCUAUGUACAAAAUUGGAGCCAAAAAGAAUCUAGAUACAUGAACUGAAAAGUGAGUAUUAAAAAAAAUACAUCAGUAGGCAUAAUGAAUAAUGAGUUUUGUUCUUCUUGCCCAGGCUGGGUAUACUCUGGGCUAAAAUAUCCAAAUGGUACAUUCGGUUGUGUAAAUACCUAUGCCAGGUACAGGUGGCCUGCUGCAGCAGUGGGAAAUCUUGCUCAGAGAUUUUUUGUUUGCAAGCAUGGUGCUCACACUUUCAAACCCAUCUUUAUGCCAUCAAUAUUAGCCUCACAUCUGGCAUUGCUUGGGAAUUUUAAGAAACCAGCAAAAUUAAGUGCAGUUUUACACCAGUGCAUAAAAUCAGUGCAAUUUUAAAAGAUCCAGUCCGCCAUCUUGAUUCAAAAUGGUGUUCAUUUGCAGACAAAAAGUCUGCCUGAUCCUUCAUCUCAGGAACCAUCGCACAAAAUUUGGUUAAGAUACCUUAAGUGGUUUCCAAAUGCUGCACCGGGGACAAACAAUUUCCCAAAAAGACAUAGUUGAUGCUGUUAGAGAUAGGAAACUUGCUUUAAAAAGACUGGUCUUUGUGAGAUUGGAUCCUAUGAGAUUGGAUCCUAUGACCCAUAGUUCUCUCUUUGCCAGUCUUUCUUACAUUCCUGGGCCAGCACAAAUGUUUUUGAGCAAUGAAAAUGUCUUGGGGCAUUGUGAUCCAUUUCUCUUCUCUGUGUACCAUUUUACUGCUACAGUGUCUCGUAGGGUAGAUGGGGUUGAUGAAAGCAGUUUGAUGGGAGUAGGAAUAAUGAGCCAAGGGCAAAUUAACUGCUAGCACAAAGUGCUGGACAGUUCCUGCCCUGGUACUGUGUUGAUGGAAAUAAGGAAUUACUAUUUUUGUCUUUCAUACCUGAGAGCCUGCCUUGAAAUGAGCCUUGUCGUCUUCAAAGGAAACACGCUUGUUGUGUGAAAAGCUAAAGAGAAAGUUACUCUGUUGUAACUGUUCAGAUUAAGCCCCCUUUCAUGGUUGUCUGCUAUUAAGAAUGUUAUUUCAAACAUUUUAUUUGGAAAGCAGCCUUCCCUCGCAGAUGAAAGACCUCCAUUAUCAGGAUCUCCGCAAAUAUAUUUUAAAUAUUAAAAGCUCCCUUUGUAGUUCAUAAAAGUGUCUUCAGCUUGUGAAACAAAAUUAACUAUACUUCUUGCUUAUCCAUCAACAAAUACUGCUAAUUACUCCUCAAAGGCAGUAUAAGAACAAAUUAGAGUGAUUUUUCAAAAAGCAAAGGAGUGGCAUUAUGGAAACAACUUUUGUUUUAUCUGAAAGCUCACCAUAUAAAGUGCUUCAGUUAAAUGUUGCAUUCCUGCAUGCAUAAAAUAUAUAUCCAUUUUAAAUUUACAUGGGUGAGAAACGGGAUGUGGCUUUGUCUGAUUAAAUGUAUUCUUUAAUUUAAGUCUUCGCCCCCUCCCUUCGGCUAAGUAGCAUCCUGAUUUUUGUUUUUGAUGUGGCUUUUUAAAAAUUUAAGACUUGGGAUUUUAAGAACUUGUUGGAAAAUGUAUUAAAACUAAUGUGGUAAAAAAAAAGAAAAAAGGUUGGCAUCUCACUGCAACCCGAUGUUUUGUUUAAUUGUGCCAGACUUGAGAGAGGUUUUAUUCAUUCCAGCAGGAGAGGUAAAGGCCAGUGUAAUUCUAUGUAUUAAAUUGUAGUUUAUGGCUUUGUCCUUGGCCUUUUGCUCACACCCUCCUAAAAAAAAUAAAUAUCAAAGUAAGAUGGAAGUUCUAGCAUAUGAUUUUUCAGACUUUCCAUUUUCAGGGAGCGCUUUCUACUUUAACACAGCUUUCUGAAGAAUCGGCUAAGCCUCUGUCAUGGAAUCUCUUUACACUGCACAGGAUUCUGUAUGCAGUGAGCCUGCAUUUUUGCAUCAGCCGCAGUGCAUGUGCCUACUGCCAUGCAGACCCUGCUAUUGUGCCCACUCCCCUCCAUUUGCUGUUAAAUGGUGGGAGGAGUGAGUCAAGCUCAGAAUGAAGCCACUGACCCCUGUUAAAAGCAGGGCAUCAGGUGGUCCCCAUCCCAAACCACUGGGAAGCCACAUCUUUCGUGAUAAUCUGUUAACUGGUAUACUGACGUUGUGCAGUUUCUGCAGCAAAGCCUUCUUAAAAGCUGCUGCUUUAUUGAGUGCGGAGCCCAAAUGCCUUAGUGAGUUGAAACCAAGUUUUAGGCCUUGAAAGAAGGGAGAACAGAUGCUGACCUUUGUUAACCCGCCUGUCAACUGUGUCCUUAGGAGAUGCAGCAAAGGAAGAUAUUGACGUUGCCAUGAAGCUCGGGGCAGGCUAUCCCAUGGGCCCGUUCGAACUCCUGGACUACGUUGGUCUAGAUACCAGUAAAUUUAUUAUAGAUGGUAUGUACAUUUUUCCUGACAAGCUUGAUGAUACAGUGGUGCCUCGCAAGACGAAAUUAAUCCGUUCCGCGAGUCUCUUCGUCUUGCGGUUUUUUCGUCUUGCGAAGCACGGCUAUUAGCGGCUAUUAACGGCUUAGCGGCUUAGCGGCUAUUAACGGCUUAGCGGCUUUAAGAAAAAGGAAACAAACUCGCAAGAACUCGCAAGACGUUUCGUCUUGCGAAGCAAGCCCAUAGGGAAAUUAGUCUUACGGAACGACUCAAAAAACGGAAAACUCUUUCGUCUAGCGAGUUUUUCGUCUUGCGAGGCAUUUGUCUUGCGGGGCACCACUGUAUAUACCAUAUUUUUCGCUCCAUAAGACGCACCUGAGGAUAAGACGCACCUAAUUUUUAGAGGGGGAAUGCAAGGGGGAAAAAAUUCUUUAAAGGGAGUGCUGAGCAGAGCCUGUAUGCAUUCCAGGCUCUGCUCAGCUCUCCCUUUCACGAGCCGCGAGGAGCGCGUGUGCAGCGCUUGCAGGCUUUUCCCCAAGGAGGGAGAAGGGCAGCCCGUCAGUGACGGGCUGCCUUUUUUCCUCCUCGGGGAAAAGCCCCCAAGAGCCGCACACAAGUUUCACGCUGCUCUUUAAAGGGAGCGCGGCUCUUGGGGGCUUUUCUGGGAGGUGGGGAAAGCAAAAGUCCCGCAAAAGUCAGGGAUAGCCCCGCAAAGCCUCCGCAGGGCAUGGGAAUGAAGGCUCCCCAUGCCCUGCGGAGGCUUCGUGCGGCUAAGCCAGAAGCUAGAACAGCUAGAGGGAGCGCUGCACAGUGCUCCCUCUAGCUGUUCUGGCUUCUGGGAUAGCUGCGCAGCCUGCAUUCACUCCAUAAGACGCACACACAUUUCCCCUUACUUUUUAGGAGGGAAAGGGUGCGUCUUAUAGAGCGAAAAAUGCGGUAUGUAUUUUACAUGCAUCUUUCUUUAUUGAAAGAGAAACCCAAAGUGGCUCACAAGUUAAAAUAGAUAUGGUGUGUGUCCCCUGCCCCUGUUCUUGCAAACAGCUAAUGGGGCUUUGUGAAACUUCAGUUGUGUUGAAUUCUGUUGCUGUUCUCACAUGGGGGGAAAGUGACUGUUCCUGAGAAUCACAGAAGAGGGUUCCUUAUUGUCUGUCUCAGUCUUGCUUCUGGUAAGAGUGAGCUUGACUAAACUACUGUUUAUGGUAGGUUCCCCCCCUCCCCACUGCGAGGGGUCUUUGUCAACAGUUCCCUUGGAGGUGCUAAAGAUGACAGUUGCAUCAGCACAAUCCCUAUGUUAGGGAGAGUUUUAGUGGUCCUGGGGCUGUGUGUGUGUGUGUGUGUGUGUGUGUGCUCCUAGAGCCAGGCUCAGGGAACCUGUGGUUCUAUGGAUUUUGGACUAUAGUUCUCAUCGCUAUUGGAAUCUGCAUAACAUCACCUGAGUCACUAAGACCUGUGCUUAGACUUGAAUAAAGUGGAAGAGGUUGCUGGAUUUUCAGAAUUUAGUCCUGUAAUUCCCCUCCAGUCCUUUUUGAGCAGGUGAAGUAUGCAGUUUCCCCCUCCAUUCUCAACUACCCCAGGUGAGUUAGUUGGGAAUGAAGGCCUUGAAAAUAACCAGCAUCUGAUCAAAUUGAGACUUUACGUAACGGGCACGCGCUGCUCCUUUCCCCCUCUCUCACCAGGGUGGCAUUUGUUAGAGCCAGACAACCCUCUCUUCGCUCCAAGCCCGCUGCUGGAUAAACUCGUAGAGGAGAAGAAGCUGGGGAAGAAGACUGGAGAAGGAUUUUACAAAUACAAAUGAACUGGGCCAUGUUUUUCCAGAGUUAAGGAUAACCUCCUUGUGCCAUUUGGAUGUACUUGGAAUGCUGCUUAAUGAGGGCUUUUAAAAAGAAGUAGUCAACACUACUAUAUAAUCAAAAUGCACAAUGUGUCUUGAGGCAAUUGUUUUCCCGGGUUAAUGAUUUUCUCGAUCUAUGAUUCUGAGAGCUUUACAUUCUCAAAGUGCCUUUUUUUCCUAAGCUCCCUGUCUCAAAGGCCAAAUAAAUGGGGUCUGAGUUAAUAAGACUUGUAACAAGCAUCCUGUUUAAGAGGCGGACACUUGAAUGCGAAUAAAAUAGUCCCGAGAUCAUCUUGAUAAGCAGCACACUGCUUUUAAUUUAUCUUUUUCUUUCUUGGCCAGUAGGUGGCAUUAUGAUAGCAUUGUUCUGAAUGCAAGCGGAAACACAGUUUUUGCAUGUCAACCAGUGACAUUUUAUGAAAGGCAAGCUUGCACCUACUGGUGCAAAUGAGCGAUACCUUAACCACUAUCUCCUUUAUUCUAUUGUCUCUGUAUAGGUUUUCAGCUUUAAACCUGGACGCGUGUACUUGCCUUACUUAAUAAAUAGAGGUGAAGGAGACAGCAGCCGAGAGUUCCUAAGCUACUUAAUAAUUUUAAAAGGGGGGGAGGAGGCUCCCUUGCUAAGGAAACUGAGGUAUGAUCUUUCGAGCCUUCGUUUUUCUUCAUUUAAAAGCCACCCAUCUAAGUGUGGCUACAACUGCAACUAAAACUUAUGCAGAUUCCACUAAAUUCACGGCACAGGUUUCCACCUCUGCUUUAGAGUCUCAGGUAGGAAAAAUAUUAGAGCCUUGCAGAAACUAUGCAUGAAGUUUGAGACAACUGCUUUUGGCUAUGUGGGGGGGGGGGUACCUAAGAACUGGAUACAAUGCCAAGAUAGCAAGUACAGUGCUACCUCGGGUUACAGACGCUUCAGGUUACAGACGCUUCAGGUUACAGACUUCGCUAACCCAGAAAUAGUACCUCGAGUUAAGAACUUUGCUUCAGGAUGAGAACAGAAAUUGCGCGGCAGCCCCGUUAGCUAAAGUGGUGCUUCAGGUUAAGAAUGGACCUCCAGAAUGAAUUAAGUUCUUAACCCGAGGUACCACUGUAUAGCUGUUUGGGAUUUACUUCUUUUUCCAUAUACCUGGCUUAAAUUACAUUAAGAGUAGGGCAAGCAUGCAAAGCCAACAGGAGUGAAAGUGUUUUGCAUGAGUGAUAAACGGAUACUUUUGUUCAGGUUAAGCUAUAUAAAGUUUAAAUUCUCUAUAUAGACACAAUCCCCACAAAAGAGAACCUCGUAUUACUUAAUCCCUUCCCAGUAUUAUUAUUAAUUACUACAACUCCUGUUUUAAUAGGUUGUCCUCUGUUCACCCUAAGGUCCCAAGGUAGGUUACAACAGUUAAAAUACAGUGUUAAGAAACAGCUUAAACAAUCUACGCCUGCAAAAAUAGGGUGGCAGGUGUCAAAGAGUUGGGUCUUCUGCAUUUGCCGAAAACUGUCUUUUCACAACUAAGGGGCUGCCACAGUGGAUGUCCUCUCCCAGCUCACCACCUCCCUGAGAUUCUGAGGGUGGUGGAACUACCAAGAGGGACCUCUCUGCUGAACUUUGACUUUCCCUUCCCUUUUGGAGAAUACUGGGCUGGCAAAGGAAAGGAAGAAAAUUAGUGUUUGGAUCUGCAUUAUUUUAUGGCUAUAGAUAGGAACUGGAGCGAACAGAAAUGCAGGAAAAUAAGUGGGAGUCAGAGGCUUGUUAGAAAGUUGUACUGUGACAAGUGUUUCUGUCGGCAGCAUAGCUGUAAACCAGGCAUAGGCAAACUCGGCCCUCCAGAUGUUUUGGGACUACAACUCCCAUCAUCCCUAGCUAACAGGACCAGUGGUCAGGGAUGAUGGGAGUUGUAGUCCUAAAAAACAUCUGGAGGGCCAGGUUGGCCUAUGCCUGCUGUAAACCAAGAUGAUAAAUGGAUACCUGUCAGAGCCCUAAAUUGUCAAGAUUUAAUUGUGAAUUAAACAUUCACUGAAGUGAAUAUAUAGUUCACUGUGAAGCUUGCUUGUCUCCCCCCGCCACCUCCUAUCAAAAAAGACUAAUGGUACUAUCACUGAUCAUCUGAGGUGGGCACCUGACUGAUGGUGCAAUGUUUUUCUCCUACCACUAUUGGUGCAGAACGAAACGUGAUGUUUGCUGUUCAUAGUUAUCCUCUCCCUACAACAUUUAGGAAAAGCCGUGGCUUCCUGCCAGCAGCAGCCAGUCACGUGGAACAGAAGUAAGGGAGUGGUUUAACAGUUAAUCCUGCUUCCCAGGGAACUCUGGGAAUUGUAGCUCUGUGAGGGGAAUAGGGGGGAUUCCUAACAACUCUCAGCACCCUUAAUGAACUACAGCUCCCAGAAUACUUUGGCGGAAGACACGGCUGUUUAAAGUCAUAGUGCUUUUAUAUGUAUGGUGUGAAUGUGGCCUCAAUAUUAUAUAUAUUACUCUGGCAACGGCUCUUGAGGGUUUCAGGUAGGGGACAUUCCCAGAAGAUGCUGGGGAUUCCACUUCUCUCAAGGGCCUAAAUCACUCUUAAAACAAUAGAAAAGUCAUGCUAAAACUAGUGAAUCAUUACAUUUUAUGUAUGACCUUUGGGUGGAAAAGUGCAAGUAUUCACCCUGAAUUUUGGACACUGUUAAAGGAUAGUCUUGCAGGUUACCCUUGAAGUGCUAAUUGAAAAAUUGAGUCCACCUGUGCAUCGGAGUGCCAUUUUUGUCCUCAUAGGUUGUACCAAGUUUCUGUAAAACAUGUGCUCUGCAAGCGUAAUUGAAUGCACACAGUAGAUCCCCAAGGGCCGUAUGUGAAGUUGGUGCAUAGGAAAAGUGGCUGCUAUCUCUCAAAACAGAGUUCACUGUUCAAAGCCAACAGCCUUUCUGUUCCAGAGCUCAAGACCCCUAACUUGCUCAGCUGUCUGCGAUAUCAACAACAUAUCGAACAAGGAGGCCUAAGCUAAGACAGUAGAAACCUCUCAAGUGAGGCAGUCACAGCAGCAGGUUGCAGUACUAUGUCAGACUUCAGAAGAUGAAGCAGCACAAAACGGUAGGAUACACAUAAGUACUUAAAGGGGGGAAAGGGGAAUGCUUAAGAUAAGAGCAGCUGUUUUCAGGCCUUGUCAAGGCAUCCUUUGCCAGCUGUUCCAAUUUGUGGUAUAAACAUCAAAAUGAACGUGCAGACUCUGCUGCACAUUGUUCAAAUUUCGG